UUAUCAAGUUCCCCUGUGCUCUGCUCAGUGACAAGAGGGCGCUGGCGGGGGCCAGAGUGAAGGCAGGGGCACGAGGGGCACAGAAUGGGUGCCAGGAGCGAGUAACUCGGGACCCUCGGUUGAAGCUCCCUCACCGGUUCCCCCUUCCGUGGGGUCCUCCCGGCCAGGAGAGGGGCCCCGGCGGCGCAGCCCCACCAGGCCUGACCUUGAGCGAGGCCAGUCUGGCUUCCGGCCACGAGACUGGAUCUGAAAUGGUGGAGAAAUGCUGGUAUUUCCCGGCUGACGUGGAAGGGAUCAGGUUACCUUCUGGUCCCGCGGGCGGAGCGGGCUCUCCUAGGAACCGGUGGCAGGGAGCAGGGAGUGAGGGAGGGGCCCCAGCCGGCAGGCCGACGGGGUACUGGGGAAAGGCGGAGAGCGGCCUGGCAGCUCGGGACCGACUGGAGAGGGAGGCCGGGACGUGGAGCUGGUGGGUGGGAGGCCGGCGCCAGACCGCCCGGGCCGGGGGCGGGGCAGACGCUGCGCCGGGCGCUGGAACCAGGGGCCGGAGAGGGGGGCGCGGGGCCCCGUCCCGGAGGCGGGGCGGGUGACCUCUGAGCCGCAGGGAGCAGAUCGGGGCCGGGCGAGGGCAGGUCUGGGCGCGACGGAGGACGCCCACCCCGGCCCCGACGCCGGAGCCAGCGCGCCAGGCCCCCCGGGGUCCCCACCCCUCCGCUCUCGUCCCCGCCCCUCUCCCCCCUGCUUCUCCCUCCCCGCCCCUGCCCCCACGCCCCCCGCGGCCCCGGCGGCCGGGCCCCCGCCUCCGCGCGCCAUUCCUCCGGCUGCGCGUCCCGCCGGCCGCGCCUGGGCCAUGGCGGGCCUGGGGCCGCGACCCGCCAAGGGCUACCGGGUGGUGCUGCUCGGCAGCGUGGCCGUGGGCAAGACGGCGCUCGCCACGCAGUUCGCCUGCGGCAGCUUCCCCGAGCAGUGUGAGCCGUCGGUGGAGGAGCUCUUCAGCAAGGUGAUCGAGGUGAACGCGGCGCCCGCCCUGCUGGAGAUCGUGGACACGGUGGGCGCCGAGCACCUGGUCACCCUCAAGGACCUGUACAUCAAGAACAGCGACGGCUUCGUGGUGCUCUACAGCGUGUGCAGCGAGGCCUCGUUCGAGGCGGUGCGGCCGCUGCGGGAGCGCAUGGGCCGGCUGCGGGGGCCCAAGGCCGUGCCGCUGGUGCUCGUGGGCACCAAGGCCGACCUGGACGCCCAGCGCCAGGUGCUGACGGCGCGGGGCCGCGCGCUGGCCCGCGAGUGGCGGUGCCCGUUCCUGGAGGUCACGGCCAAGAGCAAACUCAUGGUGGACCAGGUGUUCACGCAGGUGGUGCGCGAGAUGGAGGCCCUGGCCCCGCCCGAGGAAGAGGUUCCGGCCAUCCCCACCAACGCGCAGGAGACGUGGCCAUCGGAAAGGUUCAUCGGCUGAUGUGCAAACGGUUCAUGAUUCCUGUAUUCAUCGCUUUUCUUGAUUUCUGAAGCUCACUUUACUCCUCUGCCUUUUCGAAGAAAGUUAUCCAGCUGUAAACAAGUGGUUGCUUCUAUAUAUUGACUCAGAUCGGUGCUUCAGACUGUCCAGAGCUUCUUAAAUAUUUUGUCGAAAACUUUGUUUACCUCUGACAGUACUGGAAGAAGAAAUUAAAAAUCGAUUUUUUUUUUCUUGUAUGGAGAGAGUAUUACCCUUUUCUUCGAGUGGGAUUUGUUGCAGGAUUCUUUUUUUUUUUUUUUUGGUCAUAAUUAACACCUUCAAAUGUCAUCUGACAUUUGACAUUGAUUGAGGAACAUGACCUAAAUCGAAGCUUUCCAAUCCAUGAGGCUUUCAUGUGUUCCCCUCUCAAUACAGCCUUGAAUUGCAGUAGUAAUAUUUUCCUCUCUGCGUAUUUCUAAAUAUAGUUAUGACAUACAUAGCAUUGGUUUGAAAGGGAUAUUGUAUACCCUGGGAGGGGAAAAAUCAACUGUGUACUCAGGCAGAGAUAGUUCAGCUCUGCCUUCAGUUUUGUAAUUGACAUCUAGUCGAUUUCUGCAUCUGUAAAUUAAGUGAAAAUAAAAUGACUCUAGAAGUU